UAUGGAGAUGAAGGCUGUGGAAUACACGAACAACGAUCAAAUAAAUCAGGAUGUUUACAGUACCCUUGUGGCAGAAAACACAAUUGCAGUGAACCAUGAUCAUUUCCUUACGUACCGCAUUGAUCUUGAUGUGGAUGGUAGUAAAAAUUCAUUCUUGAAAGCCAAACUGAAAACUACAAGAGUGAAAGAUCAGAAAAUGUCACCAAGGAAGAGUUAUUGGAGUAUUGUUAAAGAAACUAUGAAAACAGAAUCUGAAGGCAGGACACAACUUGGGAUAGAAGCAGCUGAAUUGUUGUUUGUUAAUACUGAAAAAAAGAGUAAAGUUGGAAAUGAUGUAGGUUAUAAGCUAAUUCCUAGUAAACCAUCUAUGUCUUUGUUAACAGAUGAUGAUUACCCUCAAAUUAGAGCAGCUUAUACUAAGUAUCAACUGUGGGUGACUCCUUACAACAAGUCAGAGAGAUGGGCUGCAGGAUUUUAUGCAGAUAGAAGUCAUGGUGAUGAUGGACUCACAGUUUGGAGUGGCAGGAAUAGAUCAAUUGAAAAGAAGGAUAUUGUGCUUUGGUACACACUUGGAUUUCAUCAUGUACCUUGCCAAGAAGAUUAUCCUAUAAUGCCAACAAUCUAUGAUGCUUUUGAGCUCCGGCCCACAAAUUUCUUUGAAAGAAACCGAUUGUUGGACUAGUGCGUUGCACGUG